AUGUACAAUAUACCCCCACUGCGCUCAAAAAGGGAUGUUGGUCGAUAUGAGGUAGCCGUCCCGCUAUGUAAACAAACCAUUGAUGACCUUGAGAGGGACCAAGGUAAGAUAAAAGAAGCGACAGACUUGCUAAUUGAUGCAUUGGACAUUAGAGAAAAAACACUGGGCUCUGACCAUCAAGCUGUGGCAGCAACCUUGAACAACCUGGCAGUCUUGUAUGGCAAGAGGAGUAGGUACAAAGAGGCAGAGGCACUCUGCAAGAGGGCACUACUCAUCAGAGAGAAGCUGCUGGGUAGGGAUCACCCUGAUGUAGCCAAACAGCUGAACAACCUGGCCCUCCUCUGUCAGAACCAGGGCAAGUAUGAAGAGAAUGGUGGUCGCUACAAAAAGAAUGGUGGUCGCUACAAAAAGAAUGGUGGUCGCUACAAAAAGAAUGGUGGUCGCUACAAAAAGAAUGGUGGUCGCUACAAAAAGAAUGGUGGUCGCUACAAAAAGAAUGAAAGUAUGAAUUUGAACAACGCCUCGAUUAUGGAAAUGGAAACAGUUGAACAUGGAAAAAAUAAUUUCCUUGAAAUUUGUAUCUUUCAUGUGGAGAAACUCUACAAGACGGCUUUAGAGAUUUAUGAGAAAUUAAAUCCGCUUGAUGACAAUAGUAUUGCAAAAACUAAGAACUCUCUGGCUUCAGCUUAUUUAAAGCAGGGCAAAUACAAACAAGCAGAAGAGCUGUACAAGGAAAUUUUGACGAGGGCUCACGAGAGAGAGGUGGCUACAGGAACUGGAGUUUCUGGUAAACCCAUUUGGAUGCAGGCCGAAGAAGCUGAAGAAAAGAAGGUUGUUGAGAUGACUCUUCCAACGGUAUCGACAACGCUGAAGAACUUGAGUGCACUGUACAGAAGGCAGGGCAAGUUGGAAGCCGCUGAAACAAUUGAGGGACAUAACAGGAUGCACGCUAGGAUGAUGUAUCUUUUGUAUUUUGAGUAUAAAGUAAAUUUGUUUCGACCUGAUUGGAAAUGCCCAAGCAUAUUCGUAUUUGUUGGGCAGAUGUCAAUGGAGAGGCGCAAGACGACGAUAGGCAGUAACUACACGAUGAAUGUCAUGACCCCUGACUUCGGAGCUGAAGACAUCAAUGCAUCACAAUCCUCCCUUGAUAGAGCUGGAGACAUCCAGCCAACUAGUUCGUUCUCGAAAUUGCGCCAAUCUCUGGCUAGGGGCGGGGCCAGGAUAGUUCAAAAGUUGACAGGAGCAGACAAGGACAGGCGUGUUAACGUCUUUCAUGAAAGGUGUACUGUACCUGCAUUUUCAUCGACACGUCGCUAUCUUUUUGAGAGAAAACACCUGUCCACUUUGUUAACAGUGAUUUGUGAUUUUGUUUCAAAAUCCGUUAAAUGUCUUAUAACAAAUAUAAAGCCCUUGAAAUUUGAUGGUUGGAUGACGUUUAUGAAUUCAAUAAUUUAUAUAUUUUUUGAAGUUUUUCUUCUUUAUUAUUUCAGGGUGAAAAAGUCGGAUUCACAGGAUGAUCUUAAUGAGACUGCUGCCUCCGAACUGCAACCGAUCACCUCCCUUAUUGGAACUGACGCCGACGACUUUAUCAUCUAA